CAGGACAUGGAGACGGCAGCCGAUCCACGGCCCGGGGAUGGGGACUUUGACGGGUUCCGGUUCCGGAUGAGGCUUCCCGAAGAUUGCGUAGAAUACAUGCUCUUCAUCAUCGGCGAGAGAACCAACAGCAACCUUCCCAGCCUGGAUACAGUCCGAAGAGCUGCAGACAAAAGGCUGAACGAGUUGGCGAAGGACUACAUCUGGCAGCGAGAUGGAUUCAACCUGAAAGCAAGAACUGAUAAGGGCUCAGGACUCCCUUACCUCCACGGCACCACCCACUACGGGGACAAUGUCGAGGAAGAGUGGCUCAUCGUCUACCUGUUGCGAGAAUUGAGCAAGUCGUUUCCAGAACUAUGGAUCCGUGUCUCAGACAGUGACGGCGAGUUUCUCCUCGUCGAAGCCGCCAAGGUCACGCCUAAAUGGCUGAGCCCGGAGAACGACGGCAACCGCGUGUGGAUCCACGACGGCAAGCUGCGCAUCAUACCGCUGAGCGGUUCCGGCACGGCUCAAGAUGCCGCCCUAUAUUCCAAACCCUUGACCCUCGUCGAAGCCAUCGACGCAAUCAAGACGUCCCCCAGCCGCCUGAUCCACUCCCCCCUAAUCGAAGCCGAGGCCUUCUACCGCCUCGAGAAGUACCCUGCCCAAGUCCGCGCCUCUGCCCACCACUCGUUGGUCACGAUCCCCAGGAAGCUCGCCUACAUCCUCCACGCCCGGCCUACAUCCGUCGCGCCCGCCACGGAAGCAUUCUACCUGCGCGACCCGCGGUCCCUGAAGCCCAUCGUCUCUGCCUCCUCGCCAACGGCCCUCAUCUUCCCGCCCACCGACCUCGUCACCGUCAGCGUGCGCUUUACAAAGGUGCUAUAUGCGCAGCUCAAGUCCCAGCACUUCCCGCCGCCACCAGUGUGGCGGGCUAUACUGCGCGCUGCCGAGGUGGAGACCGCAGCACCAGCACCAGCAGCACCAGCAGAAUCGGGUUUGGGCUCAAAAGAAUAUGGGAACAGGCUAGCCCGGCUGGAGAUGGGCAUGAAACUCACGACAGGGUUUGAGAUGCUCGCCCGGACGGCACACGAGAGCUCAAGCAGGCUGGUGCGCGAGGUGGGGCUAUUGCUGGAGGAUCUAGCGGAGGACGGCGGGGACAGCGCCCUGCCCACGGACGAGCAGAUUCGCGGGUGGGAGGGGGCUGGGCGGGAGGACGAUGACUCGUGGAUGGAUAUCGAUUAUAGGGACCUUGAGCGGGAGCUGGAUGGGACGCGUGGCGGGAGCGUGGCGGGCGGUGGCUUUGGGGAUGCCGGUGCGCAAGCCGACUUGCAAAAGAUUGUUUCGAGGUUUGAGGCCUUUCUCAACGAUGAGACGGCAGGCCUUGAAGGGGCCGAGAUUGACGAGAUGGACCGAGAUAAUGACAGCAGCGACGACGAAAGUGAUGAGGACGAGGAUAAGGAGGUUAGUUUUGACGAGGAGCAAUUUGCUAGGAUGCUGCGGGAGAUGAUGGGCCUUCCGGCGGAGGAUAUCACCACGGGGGAGAAGGGGAAGCAGAAGGCGGUCGGCGAGGAAACGGAAGAACAAGCGGAAGAUGAGGAUGUCGAAAUCCGCAGGCUCAUGGAACAGAUGGAGUCAGAGCUCAGGGGGCAUGGUGCACUAGAACUCGGCCCAAAGUCCGAGGGGGCGGCGGCGGCGAUCAAGGGAAUUGGAGAAGGCGAGUCCAACCCAGGGAGGCGUGGAUCUGGGGAAGAGAGCGACGACGGGGCCAGCGACGAAGCAGUGGAUAUUGACUACAAUCUCGCCAAAAACCUGCUCGAGAGCUUCAAAAGCCAGGCCGGCAUGGCUGGGCCCGCGGGUAACCUGCUGGGCUUGAUGGGCGUGACGUUGCCCCGAGAUGAAGAGGAGACGGAGGACGAGCAG